AUGGCGUCAGCAAAGCAGUUUAUGAAUUCACUAGAAGGACAGGCGGCUGAACUUCCCGACAUGGAAUUAGCCGAUCUCGCUGAAGAUUCAAAAGCUCUCUGGACACGGAACAAAAUAGCAGAAAACGGAGAAGCAGAUCCGGUCGUAUUUUUAAAACGACGAAUAAUUGCAACUCAGGAAUUAGGAGAUGAACGUUACGAAGGUCAGACAGUAUUAUCAAAAAACGUUUUUAAUGGUGAUGUUAUGUCUGAUCUAGCACAUGUCAGGUUUAAUACAAGCACUGGAACCAGUGAAGAUCCAGAUGAUCUGGGAAGCGAGGAAGAUAGCAGUAAUGUGGAUGAUAAUAGUAUUGCCGAUAAUUCGGAUCAGGGAUCAUAUUCUGCUAACGAUAAUGUUGAAAGCGAAGAGAAAGAAGGUUCUGAGCAAUCCCAAUCGAAAGAAGAAAGUGAUACUGUUAAAGGUGUAACAGCUAUUUCAAGUGAUACGCAACGUGGAAAAGCUGACAGUGUCCGAAAGCAAUUGAUGAUUUGGGACCGAUUGAUGCAAUUGCAUAUCUUUUCACAUGCAGCAUUGAGAACAUUCAAUCAGCUUCCAAGACACCAGCUUGCCAAGAAGUUGCAGCAGUCAGCAGAUGGUGACACCAGGAAAAAUUGUAAAAUUAUGCGAAAAAAUUUGGAACAACUGAAUGAGAUAUUUUCAACAAUGGAAGACAAGAUGUUGAAAUCAUCUAAACAGACGAAAAUUUUAUUGUCUGGCGGCGAUGGAAAAAAAGUCGAAGAUUCAGAUGAAGAAAUUGAAAGUUCGAUCGAUGGGGAAGACAGCAGUGGAAGAGAAUCUGAUGUUAAAGAAAGUGGAGGAGAGUCUGAUGUAUGCUCGUCAUAUGAAAGGCAAAUUUCAUCUAAUGUUGUAAUAUUCAUUACAAAUCGCAACGAAAUCGUGAAUCGGCGCCAGCGGAUCUUAGGCAAGAGAAAGAAGCUAACGCCGAAAGAAUUAAUGGAAGAAUACGAAAAACGCCAUGAUCGAUUUUCAGCAUUUCGAUUAUCUACAUUGUCGAAAUGGGAUAACAGAACAACAUUGAGUGCUAUUGGUGUAAUGAAAAACAAGAAAAGAGAUUUCAGUGGUUUUGAAUCUCUUGUACUAAAGCAGAUUGAACAGAUAAUGAACGAAAAACAUCGAUUGUUACGUAGGACCCAAAUUAAGCGACAUGAUAUCCAUAGAAUUGGAACCGAUGAAAGCGAUAAUUACGAUGCAGAAAUAUUUGAUGAUGAUGAUUUUUACCAACAGCUAUUGAAGGAACUUAUUGAGAGGAAAUCAGCUAAUGUGAUUGACCCUGUUGAAAUGAGCAGACAAUGGUUAGAAAUGCAAAAAUUGCGACAGAAGCGGUCGAAAAGAGAAAAAGUGGAUACGAAAGCAUCAAAGGGUCGUAAGGUACGGUAUAUCGUGAUUCCAAAAUUGGUAAAUUUCUUCCCAUCGAUGGCUGAGAAGGCAACAUGGAGUCAUGAAAAAAGAAAUCAAUUAUUCAAGUCUUUAUUUUCUUCAUGA